GAUGGAGAAGACACCGGACAGAGACGUGCUCAGCGGCAGGAUGGAAGCCGAGGGGUCCCAGAACUCCGAGGAGCUGCCACCGCCUCCACAGUCCCCGCCACCGCCGCCGUCCCCACGGUCUCCCUCAUCCCCCGAGACUCCCGAGCUCCCACAGCCCAACGCGCCGACCGAGGUGGAAGCCAGGCAGCUGCUGCUGGAAGAAUGGGGACCCCUGAGCGGGAAGCUGGAGCUGCCCCCGAGCCUCAGCUGGAAGCUGCUGUUCCUGGAACGGCCGCUCUACCGCAACCUCCUCAGCUCACCCAACCCCGAAGGCAUUAAUAUCUACCAGCCGGCGCCCCCUACGGGUCCCACCCGGAAACCCCUGACGGACCUGGGUAAUUUCCGCGGAUGGUAUAUUACUACCGAGAACCUCCAGGGGCCCCUCAGCUGGACUGUGAAGGAGCAGUGUGUGAACCUGCUGGCCAAGAAGCUCUGGGAAGAGCUGCUAGAUGACGAACAACCUGACAUCACCAUCAUGGACUGGUUCGAGGACAGCCGCCUGGACCAGUGUGUUUAUGAACUGCACGUCUGGCUGCUAGCGGCUGACCGCCGCACCGUCAUUGCCCAGCAUCACGUGGCCCCGCGGACCAAUGGGAGAGGUCCCCCCGGCCGUUGGGUUCAGGUGUCCCACGUCUUCCGCCAGUACGGUCCCGGAGUGCGCUAUGUCCACUUCCAGCACAAGGCCAAGAACCGCAUGGAGGCUGGCGGCCUGCGCAGGACAAGGGUGACCGACUCCUCCGUGUCUGUGCAGCUCCGGGAGUGACCACUGACUGGGCUCUCCAAGUCUGUCACGAUCCUUCGGAAGUCCUGGUGUUUGUCACCUCUGAGUCCUUGGCAUUCCUGUGAUGCUACUGCUUCCUGCCCCUCCCUGUGCGUGCUUAGCCACAGUCUGACCCCCUCCUCACCCCUGACCCCUGCUCACCCCUGACCUCCCCUUACCCCUGACCCCUGCUCACCCCUGACCUCCCCUUACCCCUGACCCCUGCUCAUCCCUGACCUCCCCUUACUGCUGACCCCUGCUCACCCCUGACCUCCCCUUACCGCUGACCCCUGCUCACCCCUGACCUCCCCUUACCGCUGACCCCUGCUCACCCCUGACCUCCCCUUACCGCUGACCCCUGCUCACCCCUGACCUCCCCUUACCGCUGACCCCUGCUCACCCCUGACCUCCCCUUACCGCUGACCCCUGCUCACCCCUGACCUCCCCUUACCGCUGACCCCUGCUCACCCCUGAACACCCCUUACACCUGACCCCUGCUCACCCCUGACCUCCCCUUACCUCCUAACCCCUGCUCAGCCCUGACCCCCUUACCUCCGACCCCUGUUCACCCCGACUGCUCCUUACCUCCUGACCCCUGCUGACCCCUGAACAGCCCUUACCCCUGACCCCUGCUCACCCCUAACCUCCCCUUACCUCCUGACCCCUCCUCACCCCUGACCCCCUUACCUCCAACCCCUGUUCACCCCUGACUGCUCCUUACCUCCUGACCCCUGUCAUCCCUGAACCCCCUUACCUCCCGAACCCUCUUCACCCCAUGACCCCUUGCCUCAUCCCCUGACCCCUGCUCACCCCUGACGCCACCUCUCACCCCUUGACCCUUAUCCUUACCUCUGACCCCUGUUCACCCCUGACCCCUGCUCACCCCUGACCCCUCACCUUACCUCCCUAACCCUCCUCACCCCAUGACCCCUCUCCUCAUCCCCUGACCCCUCCCCUUCCCCCCUGAUCCUUCCCCUGACCCCUCCUCACCUCGCUCACCCCUCUGACCUUUAUCUCCUUGGCCCCUCCUCACCUUCUUGACCUCUUCAUUACCCCUGACCCCCCUCCUCUC